CCUCCCCUUCAGUCUUACACAGGUGUGCUGGCUCCUCCCCUUCAGUCUUGCACAGGUGUGCCGGCUCCUCCCCUUCAGUCUUACACAGGUGGGCUGGCUCCUCCCCUUCAGUCUUGCACAGGUGUGCUGGCUCCUCCCCUUCAGUCUUGCACAGGUGUACCGGCUCCUCCUCUUCAGUCUUGCACAGGUGUACCGGCUCCUCCCCUUCAGUUUUGCACAGGUGUACCGGCUCCUCCCCUUCAGUCUUGCACAGGUGUCCCGGCUCCUCCUCUUCAGUCUUGCACAGGUGUCCCGGCUCCUCCCCUUCAGUCUUGCACAGGUGUCCCGGCUCCUCCCCUUCAGUCUUGCACAGGUGUCCCGGCUCCUCCCCUUCAGUCU